AUGUCAUUUUCCGUGCUCGUUGGUUUUUGGAUCUUUGCUCCUCUACUUUUUUUUCUUCCUGCUUCCUACUGUUUUAGGAGGAUGGGGAUAUUUCUCCAAGGCGUCGCCAAAAUACACCUUCCCCCGAAGAAAGAGAUGGUGCUGGAGCGGAUUGCGAUCUCGAUGAGCCUGUUUGUCCCUGCGGAACUGCAGGGGUCAGGAAUUCAUAGAUUGAUUUUGUUCAUAUUUUUUUGCGGUAAAUGGGAAAAUUGUUAGUGAACUUUUUUAGGGAUUUGACGUUUCAGGGGACCCUAUGGUAGCCGAUUUAGUAGCCAUUAAAGGAAAACUGCUCUAGUGGUAACUAGGAGGAAAAUUAGUGACUUUGAUAGAGGGGUUUUUAAUGAACACCUUAAUGACUUCUCCAAGUGUUCCUUGAGGAAUUUCUCAAGUUUUCACUGGUUUUUUGCAGUCAAGUCCAAAGUCUUCUUUUCAUAACUGUAGUCGAUCCUUCUGGACUUGAAAGGCGAGGAAGGUGGGGCAAGGGGCGGGACGCGUAGCGUGUGCGUACGCGGUUCUUGGCGCGAGUUCAAUUCAAGCACCACCGACUAUCUGAAAAGCUCGGUCACCGAUCUUUUUCGAGGUUUUCUACUAUUUUUUGAUGCACACAUGGACAUAAUCAAUAAAUAAUUGAAAAAGGAAUGAAAAAAGCGAAAAACGAGCUCUUCAAAUCGUCGUUGGCGGUUGAAUCGAACUCGUGCCAAGAAUGGCGUACGCACACGCUACGCUUCCCGCCUCCCUCGCCCUUUAAUUCACGGAAAAUAGACUACAUAAAUUCUUCAAAUAUAGCCUGUGUGCCACGACUUGGAAUUUCAUCAAACGACAUUCCGCUGUUCCGCUGCGCGCCUUUGCAAACCUUUGUCGCGCUUUUAAUUUUUUUGUCUUUUUUCAUGGUACUCUACUUUCAUGUGCUCCCACAGCAAUAACAAUCAAUUGAAAGCGUGACCUAGAUUCGAAAGACGCUUCGCGAACGCACGCAGCGAAACCGCGGAAUGUCGUUCAGUGAAAUUUCAAGUCGUGCCACACAGACUAUAGACACCAUUGUUCAGUGUUGGGCGAAAGCUGCGAUUUUCUACUACGCGAUUUCGCUUGCAUUACAAGUUGUCCACUACGUUUUUAAGAGGUUAGACAUCCAGUACACGCCUUGAAAAAACUUUUUUAUUCGCAGACAAGAGUUCCACGAACAUCCCACUACGAAAAAGGCAUAUGUCGUGCACACGGCGGAAGGCACCAUGCUUGUGUUGGUAAGAAUUAUUAUUCAUUCUGGAUUGUGGGAUGGCUGGCUUGACCCAGGGAGGCCUCAAACAAGAAAUCGUAACUUUUCUUCAAGUCGAAUGUCCGACUUUUCACCACAAAAAUGAAUUUUUUGGUUAUUUUUCACUGUGAGUUCAGUAGAAAUUAUGGUUUCACAAGUAAAAAAUAUUUUUUCAUUUCGCAAAUUUAGUGGCCGCCCCAGCCUGAUGUACAAGCACUCGGAUAUUGGUAACACGAAAUGGACGUGCUCCGGACGUUUCUGUGCAACUCUAGGGAUCACUUAAAAGUGCUGAAGCUACUAAAAUGAUCCCUAGAAAUGCCCAAAAAAGUCCGGAGCACGUCCGUUUCACAAUACCUUGGUAUGUCCGAGACUGAAUUCAUUGGAAUAAUUUUUGUCCAUAGAGCAACUUUUCUCUGAAUAGCUCUUAUGUAUUAUCUCGCUCUACAAGCUGCAAUGGACGUGCUCCGGACGUUUCUGGGCAACUCUAGGGAUCACUUGAAGCUACUGAAGCUACUAAAAUGGUCACUAGAAAUGCUCAGAAACGUCCGGAGCACGUCCGUUUCACAAUACCUUGUUAUGUCCGAGCCAGAAUUCAUUCGAAUAAUUUUUGUCCAUGGAGCAACUUUGCUCUGAAUCGAUCUUUGAGCGGCUUUAACUUUUCAUGUUCUCACUUUGAACCAAUUUUUCUUCAAAUAAAGGAACUUAUGUAUAAUUUCGCUCUACAAGCUGAAAUCAAUAUCUCAAAAAUAAUUUUAAGGCUUUCCUCGUCAUUUUCUUCAUGUUGGGUAUUUGUUGCCGUUCGAGAGCUAUUUUCUCGAUCGCCGCUUUUUUUCAGGUUUCUCUGUAGUUUUUCAGGCAUUUUCGAUGUUUUGGUUCAGAUUGUGAGCUGUAUCGUAACGUUUUAUAGCCUGUUUGAUGUCAUUUGGCAUUGGAAAGAUGCGAAGGAGGAAGGUAUGUUCUUGGCUUCGUAGAAUAUAAAUUUGGAUUUUUUUUUAGGAAUUUUAAUAUCUUUAAGAAACUUCGUUUUGAAAAAAAAAGAUUUCCAUGCUCAAAUAAAUCCUAGAAUGAUUCAGAAAAGACGGCUGAAAUGACGGGGGUGCUUAUUUGGACGUCUAUCAGCUUCAUAAUACAGCUUUUCUUCGCCCAGGUCUUCAUAAAGCUUUCGUGCUGCGGCUGAAUUUUUUCCAUGCUGGCAAAUAAACGAAUUCCUGAACAAUUUUUAUAUUCAUUUCUACUGAAAAAUGAUAAUUAGGUUUGAUGAGAAGAUUCUCGUGUUCGACGGGGCAAUGGAAGAUCUGGGCUCCGAAAUGAGUUUGAGAAAAAAUGAAUGGUCUUUCGUGACCAGAGGGACAAGAUCUACAUACCCUCCAAAAUGAGCUCAAUCAGAAUUUCCGACCUUUGAGAGUCCCUAACUUUUUUCACAGGUCUCGAGAGCAACUUUUGAGAACAGAUUUGAAAUCAGCGGGACUUCUCUGCGCCCUCCUGAUCUCUCGGAGGCCCUCUCAUCUUCAUGUGCUAUUUCCAUGUUCCCCGGUGAGAGAACAGAGAGACGCAGACAUGCGAAAACUGUAAAGUCGCGACGGACGGAUUAUACCGUAAACACCAGCUUUAUUUAUUUAUUUUUUCAACGUUAUGAGGUUAAAAAAAGUUGCCACUGCUAGAUUUUCACGUUCUUGAAAUUCCAGAACUUCAUUUAGGAAAAAAAAGAGGUGUUUUGUAACAUUCUGACUUGUCUGUGCUCUUCUUUCCUCUCUGGCGAGGUCAAUGAAGCAAAAAAGCUUGAAGCGAGAGAAAAUAGAGCCCAGAGAACUCAGAAGUUUUGAAGGACAAGUCGAAUAAGAACUAGUUCAAAAAUUACCAGUCCUAAAAAUGAAACAGAUUUUCGAAAUUCCGAACUAAGAAAAGUUUAGGGGGUCGCGAUAAUAGAAAAAGACCCUUAAACAAUUUUAAAAAAAUAUUUUAGGGGCCCGAAUCGUUUAGGGGGUUCAAGGAAAGCUCCGGCGCCCCUAUCGGGGCCUCCCAAACUUUUUUUAGAAUAAAUUAAACCUCGAUAAAAGAGAUUCAUAGAUCAAGAAUGCACGUGUGAUUGAAAAUAGAUAGUUCUUUCAUUCCUGUCAAUUGCCAUUUGGGCAAAAUGUCCGUCUCUUCAAUGGUCGGUCCCCAAUCUUUGUCCGAAAUUCUGGUUUUCAGGAAACCGACGAUUUCUCGCCGAGGUACAGUUUCAAGAAUGACCAGAGAGAUCCUGCCGGCCAAGAUUGCGAUUUGAAUCAACGUGUUUGCCCUUGUGGAACUGCUGGGGUCAGUUCUUCCUAUCCAAAAUCAUGAGAACAAAAAAACAAUGGAUUUUUAAAGUGAAUCGUUAAUAUUUCUGUGUGACUUCAUUUUCCCUUCAGGUAAGGUGACUAUUUUUUAUUGACCUCAUUUCGAAAAUGAAAAAUACACAAGUAAAAAUAUUUGUUCCAUAUAUUUAUUCUGCAGUGCUGGGUUAAAGUCAAUCUCGUAUUUUCCUUGCUCGUCUUUUCGUCGAAUAUUAUCUCUAUAUUCGUCGUCCAGUUAGUUUUUUUGGAAAUAAGAUAACCUUUUUUUACGGGCUCGGUUUUAUUUUCAUGAAACUUGGCUCAGUUUCAAUAAAAAGAAAAUCUUUAUUUCAAAACAAAAAAAGAAAAAAAUUCUAGGAAUAAAUCUGAUUUUUCGGGUUGAGACGCUCCUAAGGGUAGGGACCGCAAGCCAUUUCUUCAGAACGAUUCAAAAAAUAUGUUUCUCCCAUUGUUCGAUAGAGGAGACUGUCCAUUUUCAUAAUCCGUUUAGUUUUUGAAAAAAGCUCCACUAAGAAAAACGUUAUGGCCAAAAAACUAGCGUGCGGCGUUCAACUGGAGGCAAAAUCUCACGGUUUACCCGCUGCCGCACGCUUUCUUUUUAAAUGUUUUUACGCAUUUCUGAACCGUUUUCGAAUCGGUUUUUUGUUCUGAGAGGUUGUCCGAACUGAGCCUCAUGUUUUGAUAUGAAUCUUUUGUACAAUCCUUAUAAGAAUUUUUGAUAAAAUAUCAAAAAACUACUUAGAAAAAAGGUCAGGAGGAAUUUUCAGCUUAUUUUUCUUUUUUCUAAUCAGAAAAAUUAUUAUCAUUUGAUUUGAAAAAAAAGGAAAAAAUGAAAAAUAAUGUUAUUUUGAAAUAAAACAGGAAAAAAAGUGCAAUUUGACUUCGAAAAAAACGGCUCCUGCAACAUUUAAAAUGGCGCAUCGGUGUGUUUGACGCAAACACAGCUACGAACGCUUGCACGAAUUCUUCCAAAGUUUCAAAAAAAUUGCUUUUUUUCGAGGUUUUUCAAAGCCGUUAUUUUUUUCGCGUCGAUCGAUUUUUUUCAUAAUUUUUUUCAUUGAUAGAAUUUUUGAACGCUUAAUAACAUAAUCAAAAGUAUAGACGCGAUCCUAAUCUCUCAUGCGUCAACGAGGCAGGCGAAAAAAAGGAGGUUUUUGGUAAAACUCAAAUAUAAUUUGAUUCGCUGUCCCAAUAAUUAUUUUUCAUUUUGAAUUUUUUUGUUUGUGAGCACAUUGUGAGUUUUUAAAUCAAAUAAAAAGUAUACCUUGUCGCUGAAAUUUUUUCGCAUUUCAGCUUCAAAGUUUGGUGUCACUUUACAAGCUUUAAUAUUUUUUUCGCGUCGGUAGAUUUUUUUCAUUUUCACUCAAAAAAUAAAGAAAGUGUUAAUGUAUAACAUACUCAAAGUUCGGAAGCGUUCCUCACUUGGUUUUUCAGAAACGCGACGAUUUUUGUGAAACUUGUCAGUUUUUUUCGUGUUAAAUCUUACUUUUUUUCGCUUGUUUUUGAAAAAAAUACAUAGUUUUAAAAAAAUAUUCAGUCUUGUAGAGCGUUGUCGAUUACAUAGAUUAACAGAAACAGUUCAUUUUUAAAAUGGGACUUUAGCUAGUAUAAACGCCUCAAAACCGUUUUUGCAACAAAAAAAUCGUCAUUUUGGUGGCGUGAAGGGGCGGGGCUUUGCGCCCCCUACCUAAGGGCUUGAAAUCGACCUUUUUUCCUUGUUCUGAUAUCAAGAACUUCAAAAGUAAUGCCGUGUUCAAAGUGAUUCCGCGAAAUUCAAAAUAGCCUUCAGAGAAAGAGAAAGAUAACUAAAUUUUGGAGGGUCAGAGACCAUUUUGCAUUUCGCGGAAAUUACUUUGAACACGGCAUAAAUUAAGGCCGAGUUUCAUCAAAAGUUCAACCGAGUCCUAAAAUAGAAGUUUUUCCGAAAGCUCUUCCAUUUCCCUGUUUCAGAGAGGAGAAUCGGAAAUCGCCUAGUCCAGAAAAAGAAAGGCACAUAGCAACCUUGGGAAGCUCGGCGUUUUUUAUGGUUAUCUCUUUUUUCAUUGAUUUAACAAGCUUCAAAACGAACAAUUCGAAUUUUGCAGCUCAUCCACAUUAUCUUUCUCGUUUUGGGACUCUGCUUCCGUUCAAAGCUGAUUUUCACACUUAUUGCUAUCGCAGAGGUGAGAUUUUCGUUGAAGUCAUUUCACACAACUUUUAAAUUUUCCUGUUAUGUAUACAAUAUCAAUCAUUUUUAACUAAACUACUGAAUAAAUAACAAGUAAAAACGAUCCCGAGUAAGAUAAAGUAGAGAAAAAAAUCUUUCAUUUUUCACCCCAUGCUCUCUAACAAAAGUUGCGGUGCACCCCGCGUUGAACUUUCGGUGCACCCCGCAGUGUAACUACGGGUGUGCCCCGUUUAGCUUUAAAUGCCUGUUAAAGGCAUAGGGGCAGUAAAAAAUGGGGUUUCAUGUGAAAGAAGUAUCUUCUAUAGUUUUUCUUUGCGAAUCGAAUGGUGUACUCAAAAAAAUUACAGGUGUGACAACUUUAGAAGAAAAACGCGAUUUUACUUUCCCGCCUUUAAUUUUGAAAAAAGCUUUGGAUCGGCCUACGGACAAAUGUUUACAGUAGCCGUGCACGCGAUGUUGCGGACGUCUCAUUAGACUCGCAUUUUGUGAGAAAUAACCGGAUAUCUGCUUCAAAUUAAGGGUUUCUUUUCUGAAAAAUUGAUUAAGAAAACAAAAAACACACACCGAUAAUAAAGAAAACACAAAAUAUUGCUAUCCCCAUCGAAACCUGUGUAAUAUCAUCAUUUUUCACCAGAAAAGCUUUUUUGCAAUCAAAGUUUGCAAAUUAUACAUAGGGACCGCAGGCAGUUUUCUAGAAACCAUCAGAUUUAAAUGAUUUUCAUAUGACCGUGUACUUCAUAGUCCUGGCAACUUUUAAAAAAAGAGAUCUUGGAAAAAUAUUGACUCUGAACGAAGUUACAGCCAUUAAAGCGCGCGUUUCGCGAUUUCAAUUCUCUGUAGAAAAUUUGGUCGAGGUCGCGAAAAAAGUGGGCGUUGCAAGAGUGCGGCGCGCUCUCAAAGACCAGUAAAAAAAUUAGAGAAAAAAAGUUUCUUGUUAAUUUUUUUCGCACUAAAAACACACUAAUGAUAGUUUUUUUCAUUAUUGGAAAUGAUAGAACAAUGUCCAAAGAUGAAGACCAGCAAAAAUAAACACUGAAAAAGAAUAAGUUGAACGAUUUUCAACGGCAAAAAAAGCAAAAUUAAUAUUUACGGAGUUUUCAAUGCUUUUGAUGUUCAAAACUGUUAAAAUAUCAUUAGGAAGUAUGGAUAAACGCAAAUUCUCCCUGAAACAAGAUUCGAUACAGAACUCGGAACCAAUAAAAGGUUGUGAAUCCAUAGAAACACGAAUAAAUUAAUUAUUAAUGACUUUUAUAACCAUUCUUGUAGCAAUACAGCACUUUUAAACGCGCUCAACUCAUUAAAAUCUACUUUUAUGUCUUAUUCAGGUGAAUUUCCCGACUUUGAACGUGUUUUCCAGUGGAAUCCGGAUAGUGGGAGUUUGGCGAGACUAAAAUAAUUCUUUUGUUCUGGAAAAGCAUGUGAAGUUCUAUUUUGUUUUUCGAAUUACAUUACUGAACGUUUUGACUCAUUUCAAAAAAGUUUUACGCUAUUUUUGCUUUGAAAACAUCGCGAAUUCGGAAUUUUCGUGGGUCGGGGAAUGCACAAUUUCGCCAACGCGCAAAUGCAGGACGCUGUUUUUUUAUUGUUCGAAUGAAUCAAAUUUUUGAAAGCACAAGCAGGAUUUUUUUCAUUUUUUUGACUAUGUUGAAGAAAAAAGUAAUUCAAAUCAAAAUAAGAAAAAAAAAUAAUUUGCCUACGACUGCUAAAACACUUUCCCAAGUGUUUCAAAAAAAUCAAAAAUCAAAACUUAUUUUUAAAAUUAAGGUUGGAAUGAAAGUUUUGUUUUUUAUUUUUAAAAUGUUCUAAAAUUUAUAGAGAACAGUUCAAAAAAAAUUUUUACGAUGUUUCGCGGAAAAUGCCAAAGUUCCCGAAUUUCGGAAGUUGCGAUUUUCCGACGCUUCGAUACUUGAAAGCACAAGCAGGAUUUUACAUGCUUAACAAAAUAAGAAAAAAAAAAUAACUUGCCUACGAGCGGGAUUGUAAGUAUUCAACGUUUUUCCACUUUUUCGCACAAAAGCGUCGCGAAAAAACGUCAUUUUAACCGAUCCUUUUUUUAUUUACAGCUAUUUCUUCUAUGUAGAAUUGUAGAGCAUAGCCAAUUGUAUGUUGCCCUCAAUUUUUUCCCAAAACGGUUCAGGGAAACUGCAUAAACAACAAUGAAAUGUCAAAAAUGCAACGAAAUAUACGACGUUUUUUGGUCAGCGAGGGGGUGUGGCCUUACGGUCCCUAAUUAUACAUGAAUAGAAAGCUUUUGUGACGAAAAGAACUUUGGUGAGAACAGAAAAAAUUGAAGGCAUGCUGGAAAGUGCGCGCUGUGCGCACUCUUUUCUCGUGCGCACGUAAGGAAAAUGCGCACUCUUUUUUCAAAUUUUGUACAGGAAAUUGCGCUCUCUUUCUAACAUCAGGAAAAUGCGCACGGUGAUUCCGCUCUUUUCUAGAUUGAAGUCCGCAUAAAUCAUCUCACUUUUGUCUUUGUCAUGAAGAAGUCUUUCAGCUAAAGAUGUAUUGAACAGCUUUUUGAUUAUUUGAAAUUUUAUGGAGAAUAUUUCUUAUCAGCGAAUGAUGUGCGGUCACUUCGGAAUGAGAUCAGGUGUAGUUUUGCAAAAAGUGAGAUGCUCUCUUUUGAGACCAAGCUGAUUUCAAGCUUGGUCUCAAAAAGCUGCCGCGAAAAAUCUGCUAAAAAAAGUGAGGGGCUCUCAAAAUAUACAGAUGUUGUCAAUCUGAUAACAUUAAAACAAUACAGAGUGGAGGAAUAAUUACAGCGACAAAAGUUUGUAGGAUUAGUUCUCGCCGACCCGAGCUUAUUUUUUUGUUCCAGUCAUUAUUCCUACCUAUAUAUAAUAUGAUGACCGUCGUGCCACGCUGAUUUUUCAAAAAGUCGUUUCUGCCUUUUUGGGCGUUUACGGAAAGGCAGGCAGGCUUAGCAAUGAAAAAUGAAAGCCUAAAGCCCGGCCUUUAGGCCUUCAUUUUCAAUUUCAAAAAAAGCGCGAGUUCAAGCCAGAGAUUCGAGAAAAAAAUUCUCACAGAAAAAAAAUUAUUUUUUUACAUGCUGAAUCACAGUUUUUUUAAUAACUCAAUGAGGAAAAAAAUAAGCAAAAACCCCGAUUUUUCUCGUUAAAACAGCGAAAAAAAUUCGACAUGAAGAAAAUUUGAGCUUUUUGAGCCAGGGCCGAACCACCAAAAAAAGUUCUUUCAGUGAUUUUUUUACAGCCAAGUACAACAUUGGAUCUUGAAUCAAAGAUAUUAAAUUACGCAUCAAGGCGGUUAGAAAUGGGAGUUUAUUGCGACCUUCAGAUAUUAUUCGAUAAGGUUGCCUUGAAGCUCAAUUUGAACGUAAUUUUAAGGUUUCGAUUCACAAAAUUGGUAACGAUUCACGUUUAUGUAAGCCUGUCAACUGAAAAAAGUCGAAAAAAACUUUUAAAAAAAAUGAAGGAAAUUUUUCCGAAAAAUAGAGAUGUGUCUCCAUUUGGCACGCUGUUUGGACGCUCUUCAUAGGCGAAUCGAGAAAGGGUGUCGCGAGACCCUCUGAGGUUCAUCGCAGGGUCUGAAGUCUCGCGAUGGUACCUCUGAGGACUUUGAGCAAAAUUAGUGAGACUAGAGAGAGACUCUCAAGUACCCCCGAGAUGCCUCAGAUAUAGCUAUAAGGUAUGCCGGAGGUCCCACGAUGGACACGUUAUGGGGUCUACACGAUCCAUUUUGAGAGGAAUUUUUGCGGAAAAAUCAAGGUGCCCUUCUGAUUCGUCUGUGUUUGUACAGACAAAAAAAAGUACACCAUCGAAUCUGUCAGAGUAUUUGCAGCAACACUCAGUUGCUAAUAUUAAUGAUUGGGCUAUUUUACUAUUCUUGCAUUCGAAAUACGUCAUUUUGCUUGAAACUUCGUAAAACGGCAAAACUCAGCUUUUUCGAGUUUCUGUAAGAGAUGAGGUCAACUCAGAGAGCAGUAAACAAGAUAAUUUCAAAGGUGUGUGCCUCGUUCGUGAUAUCAAAACCAAAUAGUUCGAAAAAAAAUUAAUUAAAAAGAACGGAGCGCCGGCGAUUCGAUUCGAGGUCAAAUAGGCUUACUAGAGAACUUCGCGAACUCGUAUUCGCGGAUCGAGUUCAAACUUUAGUGGUUUGUAGACCUGAGCCAGAAUACAUGAAAACAAGAUAGAAUACCUGCUAAACCGGAUAGAGAACUAAGAAAAAAUUUGUAGAAAAUGCGCAGAUCAAGCCUGAAAACUUUCAGAACACUGUGUUUUACCUUAUUUCAUAUUUCAAUACAAUCGUCUCGAAUGACCCAGCUAUAAUAAACACUUAAAACUCUAUUCCAGCCAGAAGGAGAAAAGCAGAAAUUUGAUAAUUUUCAAGCCGAAACGCAGUUAACUGUUCAUUUUCAAAACGCUUUUUUUCAGUACCUUAUGGGGUUUAGCAGAUUUUAUUGCCUGUUUUAAGUACCCUUACUUAGAUCAUUAAAACACCAAAGUUUGAACUUGAUCCGUGAAUACGAGUUCGCUUAGUUCCCUAGUCAGCUCAAGCCAAUUUUUGAGUCCUUAUCGGAAAAGGUCUUAUCCGGUUAGAAGAAUGGAGUCUUGUUCUUUUUCUGUUAUCCCAUUGACUCCAUUUUUUUUGAGAAACUUCAGUGUGCCGCUUGUAACAGUACACACCAGUUUUCCUACUGACUUUUGGCCGCUCUGCUCAAAAAUUGUGGCAAAACUGAUCUCGACCAUCUGCGUGCCGCAGCCGCUACAUUUUCGAGCGGCAGUUCAUGUUACAAAAAUAUUUUAUGGAAAACUUUUUCGUAUUUUGUGAUUAAAUCCCUGUAAAACUUCAUAAAAAAAUUGUGAGUUCCCGGUCUUUAUUGACUAUUGACUAUUGACAUAUUGACAGCUCCUUCAUUUUGUUGCAGUAAUAAUUCAUCACCCUGUAAAUUUUCUUCAGAAAUUUUUCGAGCCUCGAAAGGUCCUUUAGAUUUUUUUAUUUCACAUAUUUCCCUUUUUUUAAUAUAGUUUGUCCAGAUUUGGAAUGUCAAGCAGCAAUCUCCGUCCCAAACAAAGCUCUGUAAGUGGCUCGUUCUAUAAUUGGUUUGAUCUACACAUAAGAGGCGGAGUUCGACCGAUGACUUGACAUUCAAAUUCUGAACAAACUAUAAACGCCGACUGUUCGGAAAAUAACAUUCCAAAAUUUAAAAAAACACAUUAUUAAGUGAAAGGUAAAUCAGUGUGACCAGUUUAGUGACCGCCUGGUAUUACUAUUUAAAAAGAUGAAUGCUUGAAAAAUCAGUUAUAUCAACUUCAAAUAAUCCGAAAGGACAAAAUUUGAUAACCGCGCGCAUUUUCUUGAUGUUAGAAAGAGAGCGCAAUUUCCUGUACAAAAUUUGAAAAAAGAGUGCGCAUUUUCCUUACGUGCGCACGAGAAAAGAGUGCGCACAGCGCGCACUUUCCAGCAUGCCAAAAUUGAAAAUUGAAAGAAACGAAGAAAAAAGCGAAAAUCCGGAAGAUGUCGAAGCGUGUUGUCCAUAGAGCAACUUUACUGCAAAGCGCUCUUUUGGCGGGAACUCAAGCUUUCAUUUCUCCGACUUUGAAUUAUUUUUUCUCCAAAACCAGGAACUUCUGUACGUUUCCAAGUUCACCGUUCGAUUCGCAAAGAAAAUCUCUACAAAGUACUGCUUUGAACUGAAACACCGUUUUUUACUGCCCCUAUGUCUUUAAGGUAAUAUGUCCGUACACGAUUCCGAAGUGUUUUGUUUCCCAUUAUUACAAUUUUCUACAGUUUCAUCCUAAGCUGUUACGGUAGCUCAAACUUUUUAAUUUUCGACCGGUUGCGCCAGGGAUGCACGCAUCCAGAUCCAACGCGGGGUGCACCGGAAAAAUGAACGAAAAUUUUACUUUUUUCGGGGUACACCCUCCUUUUUGUUAGAGUUAGUCCUGUGUGGCGUGCACCCCUGGGAUAACCGGUCGGGAAUGAAGAGUUUUUUUUGAGCUACUGUAACAGCCUAGUAUGAAACUGUAAAAAAUGAUGAUAUCAGGAAACAAAUCCCUUUGAAAUCGUGUACAGAAAAAGUACCUUAAUAAACCUUUGUGCCCCGUUUAGCUUUAAAAUUUUUAAAAAGCUGGUUGGGGUACACCCUCGAUUACACUGCGGGGUGCACUGGGAGUUCGACACGGGGUGCACCGCAACUUUCGUUAGAGUUAUUGAUCAACCCUUUUGGCCAACUUUUUUCCUAACUUUGUGAUUUCAGAUCAUUACCUGCAUUAGCGCGGGCUAUUUGUUCACCGACUUCCUUCUUGCCGCUAUGAAGGAAGGUUGGAAAUGUUCUUUUUCGAAAAUUUUAAUUUAAUAACGCCUCGCAUUUUUUUUGCUUGUCGAAAUAGCGUUUAAGUGGGACUCUUAAAUAUAUACAAACGGCAAAAAUAAACUAUAAGAAAUUCAAAAAUUAGAAUCUUUUCUUCAUACAAAAAACACAAUUUAACGAUCUUAUCAAUCAAACCCCGGUGGGUGAACAAAAACGGGAAGAAAAAUCCAGCGGAAAGGAAAACCAGGGACGGCUCACAUUUCACCAGAAAACGUGCUCUAACUCUGAAUUGGAGCGCCAAAUGGGCGCCACAACUCUUUCUCUGACACACACUAUUUCGUCGUUAUCUAGCUGCGAGAAAACGACGAAAUAGUGUAUGUCAGUGAAAGAGUUGUGGCGCUCCAAUUCAGAGAACGCGCGAAAUCUAGACGCCUAGUCUUGAAGAGAAGAAGAACAAAUGGAAGGCAGUUUUAAGAUGAUUUUCAUGGUUUUACGUAUGAGUAAAGACUUUUUUGAGGCAUUGACUUUAUAUCGGGAUAAACUUGUUCUUUUUUUUCGACCUCAUGGAAAUGCAAAUGUAAUUGAAAUCGUUAGGGAUCGAUUCGAGCCAAAUCCUACAUUGAUUGAUAUUUUUUAGAAUCCUAGUUUUCCAAUAAGAAUGAUUUAUCCAUUAAAAUCACUUUUCUAGUUAGUGGCGUGGCCUGUCUGCGCUCUCCACCAACCAGAAGCUGUCUCUUUUCUUUGGGACAUGCUAGAGUCUUUUUUUCAAUGGCUCAAGCCAAACGUGAAUCAGCUGUACACUAUCUCAUCACGUACCCUUGCAAAAAGCUUUCCAAUUAAACGAGCCUUUAGACGACGACGAAAAAGCAAAGACGGCCGCCGUGAUGGCCUUCGUUCUGGGCGAUAUUUUCUUCUUCUCAAUCAUCUUCACCCUGGUCUUUGUGAAACUUUCCUUCUGCGGUUGAUCUUCAUUCGAACCUUCGCUGAAUGAAUAAAAGUUUUUUCAAAAAAUAUUGUUCCUUUUAUAAACUUUCAGUGACUUGAAAAGAAUGGGAAAGACGUGUGCCUGUCUACGGUCCACAGGGUCACAAGUUCGAUCCCCGCCUCGACCCAACCAAGGGGUUUGAGAAAACCACGACUUUAAAAUUCCAGAAAAAUGGAAGGCUCGGUAAAAGGAACCCUUUUUUUCUGCCUUUUUGCGGCAUUUCAUCGACCUUUUUUGAGUCUCUCCCUUUUAGCGGUCAUUAUCCACCAUUCCGACUUUGCCCGAGAAAGAGAACAAAAAUUUUGUCCAUGCGGAGUUCAAGGGUUUUUUCAUCUUUCAGUCUAAAUUUCAUGGAAAAAAUGAACUCCGAAUUUAAAAGUGAAAAAAGAGUCGUCACGGCCGGCUGUAAGUGUGCUCCACGGCUAAUUGGAGUUCUCUUUUCUUCUAGAAUUCUUCUAGAGAAAGGAUAAAAGAGCUGGCCUUUCGAAAAAUAUCUUUAUUCAUAGAAAUCCUAUAAAAACACCUUAGAAACUGUUUAUUUUUCGAUUUUUUGGUUGGUUUGCACCAGUUUCUCCUCACUUUUCUGACCAAAACCUCUAGAAAAUAAAAAAAUUUUUUUGAAUAACUGAGAAAAAAAUCCUAAUUUCAAAUCUUCAGACCACGACACCGCCAGAGAACGAGAAAAAGCCAUCAUUUUGGCCGUCUUUUGCGGAAUUUCGCUCCUCUACAACGCUUUCUUCUGUCAGGUCUUCAUUAAGCUGGCCUUCUGCGGCUAA